GGCCCGGCCGCCAGGGGCCGCCGCGCCGCCGCCGCCGCCGCCGCCGCCCGUCCCCAUCGGGCCCCGCGGGAGGGAGGUGCCGCCGCGCCGCGCCGCCAUGGAGGGCCCGGGCGGCCCCGCCAACCCGCCCGGCAGGCGGAAGAUGGCUCUGCGCAGAUGUGAAACCUGUAGUGAAGAGGAAGCUAAGUACAGGUGUCCACGGUGCAUGAAAUAUUCAUGCAGUCUGUUGUGUGUAAAGAAGCAUAAGCUUGCACUGAGCUGUAAUGGAAUCAGGGAUAAAACAGCAUUUGUUUCCGUAAAUGAGUUUACUGACUUGAACCUUCUAAGUGACUAUCGUUUCCUGGAAGAUGUAGGAAGGACAGCUGAUGCUGCUGCUCGAGAUCUUUCUGUGCAUAGGCCAACAACAAAUAAAUUUAUAAAUUACUUGAGAAAUAGAGCUCGGAGGCAUAAUAUCAUCCUGAAAACUCUGCCCAUUGGAUUUACAAAAAGAAGAGAAAAUUCAACCAUCUUCAAUAAGAAGGAGCAAAAGUUUUACUGGCAUUUGAAACUCAUGUUUCCUCACUGUCAUGCUGAAUACACAUUAAAAAGGGUGCCAGAGGAUAAAACACUCACUGAUAUCCUUAAGCCCUAUAUUGAUCCAGUGGAGUCAGAUCCUGUAGUUUGUCAAAGAUUAAAAAUCUAUACUAUGUCUCCUCAGUCAGAUGUACAGAUUUUAAUGAAAAUAGAAAACAGAAGACAAAACUCCACCAGGUACAAUGAACUGGAUGCCAGUAGAAGCCUCCUAGACAAUUUGAAAGACAAAGUAAUAAUUGAGUACCCAACGUUAUUUGUGGUCUUGAAAACAUUGAAAAAUGACAUGGUGGUUCUUGGCCAAGAUGCCAGUGAAUCUGCUGAGGACUCGAGCGGUGAAAGUUCAUCCCUUUCAUCUGAAGAAGAAGGGGAAAUUCGGGAGAGUUCGUGACAAUUCUUUGAGAGAAGAGGGUGGGAUGUGCCUUUUAUAUUUUUUCUUUUAUUUAAUUAAAUCUUUUUUAUAUAACUGAGUUCUUUGAGGUUCAGUUUGGUAUGCUUUACUAAGGAGAGCACUUCCAAACUGCCUGUUUAACUUUGGAUUUCAUAAUGCAUAUUUAGGUGUGUAAAUAAAGAGAUGGGAAUUGUUGGUUCCAGAAAAUCUGAUAUCCCUAUUGCAUUGCACACUUUUGUCUAUUUAUCUUUUAAAAAACAGAGUAACUAAAAGCUUCCAGGCUAGCUUCAACAAUAUAUUGUUUCCGUUUAUCCUAAAAUUUCAGUGUCUUAUUUCUUUGAGUUUAAAUAUCUGGUAAUAUGUUUGUAUUGACAUGUGGAUUUAUGAGUCAUAAUGCUUAAAUUCCUUUAAAAAUCCUGUGUUUUCUUAGACAAGUUUUCUUUUAGAGUAUUUCUUGUCAUGCUGAACUGCUGCAGAUGGUCUUACUUUACUGUUGACUUUAAUCUUCUGUGGUGACAUUUUGGGUGCCUGGUGCAGUAUUGUUUUUUCUUAUUUGCUUGCAUCCUGAUUACCAUGUUAAGCAAGGGACCAGAUUGAGCCAUGUUUUCUGCCUGGCGUGCUGCUGUAUGUUUAAUCUUCUAGCCUGAUGUUCCAAAUUCACAUGGGUUUAAGAAUCAACAGAAAUGAAUACAUGGAGUUUCCUUAAGGCGCAUAUGUUGGACAGUGCUUAUGUUCUGCACGCUAUAUUAUUAAUCUGCUGAAGGCAGAUAUUGCAGAUAUGUCCUGUAAUAUCAACCAGAACUUACCUAAUUCAAAGCAAAUAAACCUUAUAAAAUCAUGUACCAUACCAUCUGCUGACAGUAGAAAUCUGUUGUUAACCUCUGUGGCAAGGUUUUAAGAUCCUAGAUCACGUGUCACUGUAUCUGAGUCCUUCAUGUCUGUGGGAUGUGUUGGAGAUGAGAAGUAGUGACUGAGAGCAGUGUGCUGCAAGCAGUGUUAGAUAGGGAGGGCCCUCCGCACACGUGCACCAUAUAGCUCUCAGAAAUCAGCCUAGGCGUGGGUCUGUCUGCUCAGAGCUGUUUUGGGAUCAGUUUGCAGGGUUUUUUGUGGUUCAUCUAAGGUCUAGCUGCAAGUCAGCGUUUGUAAAGUCUUAAGCACAUGGUCAUUUAAUAAACAGCUCUGUGGGUUUAAGUUGUUGCCGUCAUCGCUACCGCAGUCUGUCUGUCUCCUGCCUGAGAUUAUCACCUUUAUAGCAAAAAUGAGUGGUGUGGGACACACACAAGUCAGCCACCUAAGUGCAGAGCUUGGUGAUUUGACCUUAAACUGCCAUGCAGGUCAGUCAUAAGCGUGUUCUUCCUGCCAACACUGCAGAUAGAGAAGAUAACACAAAACAGUGAAGACACUUGUUGAGGUCGCAUAGGGCAGUAAUAGAUAGCAACAUGAGGCAGGACCUGGGCUUCCAAACACACAGUGUAGCAUUUGGGUCCCAGCUUGUUGGUUCCCUGCCAGGCAAACUCCUUGGAGAGGAUUUUUCAAUUUUGCACAUUAGUCUUCUACACUUUUGCAGUCAGAUUGUCUAUAAAAAGUUAUUCACAUCCAGCUAAUGAAGUGUGGAAAGAGCAUCAGACCGUUGUAGGUCACAUAUUAAUAUUCCUUACAGUGAUAUCCUAUGUCCUUUGUGUGUUUUGCAGCCUUUGGUAAAACAAGGAGUUUUUCUUCUUGCAUGGCAGUAGCUGCCUGUGCUGCCUUUUGGGUUUUCUUUUUUUUUAAUCAUUUUUGGUCCCUGCCCACAUUUUGUUUCCUUUUUUUUUUAUAUAUAUAUAUAUAUAUAACCCUUUUUGAAAGGACCAUGAUUCCUAGCUAUGGGUGCUGCUUUCAUAGCUUUUCAGUUCAGUGAAAGCAAAUAAGCUUUUCCUAAUCAGUGAUUACUUCGUGCUGACUGGGUAGCCACAAAUUACUUUAAAUCAGUCUUGCAUCCAUUCAUAUUAAUACCAAUAGAAGAGCAGAACAACAAGACUGCCACAGUUCAUUUGCCAGAAAAUGUUUCAUCUGGAGUAAAUGCGUGGUAUUCCCGUUCUUAAGAUUCCUGGCACACGCUGGAAAUUAGACUGCUGCAGAUACUAACGUAGGAGCUGCAUGUGUGUGUGAUUAGGCCUUGGCUGAGCAAUACAGAUUUGUAAUAGAUGUCAUUUGCAUUGCUUUCCUACACUCCUGGAGGUUUUCAUUAAUUGUAUGAAAGGGUUUGCCUUCAUUUUUUCUUACAUAAAUCCAGUUUAAGCUCUCUUGUCAGUCAAACACAACCCUAAUUUGUUUUUAAGCGAAGAUGCUGUUAAAUCUGUCCUUCAGAUUGAAAUCGUUCCCUGCUCUAAAGAAGGCCUUAAGAAUGAUUAAGGACCAUUCCUGCAGUGGUCUUUAGAAGUGAAAUUUACUGAAGAAAGCUGUGAAUAGUCUUCCAGAUUUCAGUCAAAUUGAGAGUAAAAGAGCCUUAACAACAGGUGCAUUUGCCAUUCAUUCCCAGCUUAUUACUUACCUAUUUCUAUUUGUUUUUGAGAACAGUGACACUAGUUUGAACAGUGGUGAUUUAUCAAAUGUGAGCUAAGAGAAUUCAGGCAUUUUUGUUAGGAUUAGCAAAAUUUGUUCAAUUUUUGUUUAGAAAAAUGAACUGGCAUCAUGGUCGCUGGCUAAAAGCACAGCCUGACUGGUGACAGUUGACUAGUGCCAGUCCUGCAACAGUGACAAUUCAUAAUAAUAAUAAGGUUGGGGGGGGGGUUAAUUGAACUUUAUGAGCUUUUUGACUAGGCGGACGGUUUUUAACGCUUUUGUAGGCAAUUAGGACAAAUUUUUAAUUCCUCUCUGAAUGACUUAUCCCAGAGUGAGCAUCUUGUAAUGAACUGAAGAGAGAAAAUGCAUCUUAAAAACUCAUAUUUUGAAAUUACUGGAUCAAGCACUUGAAAUUUAGGACAUGGAGCUGAGGCUGCCUGGAAGACUUCCACUCUAUCCAUUUUGAAAACAUACUGUCAUAAUCUUUAUCUCACAUGAGGAUUUCUGUGGGACUCUGACUUCAUUCAGCACAGAUGAUAUCUGUGAAUGAAGACAGUGUAAUGUUGUUUUAAUCUUCAUCAUUCAAUAUCAGGUUGCACUGAGUGCUUGAUUUAAGGCUAAUAUGCUUAUUUAUUUGUUUUCCCCUGUAAAGUUUUUAUCAUAGAACAAAUUACUUGUGUGCAGUGUUGCUACAUGUCCUUUAAUGUUCAGCCUGCUCAGGUUUCAAACCUUAUUUAUUUGUUUUCCCCUGUAAAGUUUUUAUCAUAGAACAAAUUAUUUGUGUGCAGUGUUGUUAUAUGUCCUUUAAUGUUCAGCCUGCUCAGGUUUCAAACCCUGAACUUUCAGUUUGACAGCGUGCUUGCCCUGAAGGACCAUAAGCUUAAACAACAAGGAGUAAAAGCUCUUGUCCUGAAUGAACGUGCUACUAAAAAAAAAGUUAAAAGCUUACUGAAGUCAUCCGUUUUACAAAGCGUAAGGGACAAAAAUAGCGCAUAGCUAAGAGCCUAGCAGUAGCUCAGAGGUAGGACUGAGUCAGCCAUAUGAGAGAGCUUGGUUCUUUUCCUUUUUUGUAUAACUUCCUGGGAGUAUGAGGUUUAAGUUACUGUACUGUCAUGGUAACUGGUAUACUGUCAGGAUAAAAGCCAAGUUUUGAGUGAAUGUAUCUGAAUUCUAGAUUGGUUUUGGUUCCAUCUUUAUCUCCUCAUUAAGAAUUCUUGAUCUGCCGUUCUGGAGACUAGGUCCUAGGGGCGUCCUUGGCUAGAGGGCUGACUGACCUUCGUUACUCCAGGAAUGCAGUACCUUUGUGUUUUGCAUAAUGAGUAAAACUCAUUACUGUGCAGGACACCCUCUCUAAUCUUUUUUUUUUUUUAAAAAAGGCAUAAAAUUUUAAGUUCACCUUAGUGCUGAUACAACGUCCCACCUGUGUGUUCUGUUUAAGGAUAGCUGUGGUUCAGACCUUGCCCUGCCAGAUACAGCUGUUCUCUGUUGACAUCUGUAGGAACUGAGAAUGCAUAACACCUUGCAAGAGCAGGCUUUCAAAGAGUAAAUAUAUAGCUGUGAUGAUGUAACUUCAGGCCAUAUUUGGUCACAAACAUUUCAUUCUGCUUUCUUUUUUCCUGAAAACAUCUACUCUUCCUCCCUGCAGAGAAAAAAAUAUCUUGAAUUUGUUUGUGUUGUUGCUAUGACAUUCAGCUAAACUGUAUGCAGAUGCAGGUUCUGUUAAUAAGAAAAAAAAGUGAACUGUGUACUUCAGUGAAUAAAGAUUACCCUGUGUUUGUAUUAGAAUGUU